CGCCCUUCCUGGGGCGGGCCUUACACGCAAGGGUCCAGAGACACUUCCGGCUUGCAGGGCGGCUGUCUUGGUUACAACAUGUUGGAGACUGAGCGGUUAGUGCUACCCCCCCCAGACCCCCUGGACCUGCCCCUUCGGGCCGUGGAGCUGGGAUGCACAGGGCGCUGGGAGCUGCUGAAUGUGUCUGGAGCUCCAGAGAGCAUCCUUCCCCAUGGUCUCCCUCCCUGUGCCCCAGACCUGCAACAAGAAGUAGAACAGUUGUUUCUGUCCUCUCCUGCCUGGCUACCUCUGCAUGGUUUGGAACAUUCAGCUCGAAAAUGGCAGAGGAAGAUGGAUCCUUGGUCACUCCUGGUCUCACAGGGGGCCCCAGUCCCCUCCGACCUACAGGCUCAAAGACACCCAACCACGGGGCAAAUACUUGGCUACAAGGAGGUCCUGCUAGAGAAUACAAACCUGUCAGCCACAACCUCCUUGUCUCUUCGUCGGCCUCCAGGGCCUGUCUCCCAAUCCCUGUGGGGAAAUCCAACACAGUACCCAUUCUGGCCAGGUGGAAUGGAUGAACCUACUAUAUCUGAUCUGAGCAUGCGUGAGGAGGCUGAGGAGGAGAUAGACUUUGAGAAAGAUCUUCUAACUGUUCCACCUGGCUUCAAGAAAGGUGUGGACUUUGCACCAAAGGAUCAUCCAGCUCCAGCUCAUGGGUUGCUCAGCCUUAGCUUUCUGCUGGAGCCCCUGGAUUUGGCUGGGGGUGACGACGAUGAGAUUGAAGCAGUGGGACCUUCAGGACGUUCUAGAGGGGACACGACUUCAGCUUCUCCUAGCAGUGCUCCACUGGCCCGAGCAAACAGUUUAGAGGAUCUCAUCUUAAAGGAAGCAUCUACAGUGGUGUCCUCGCCAGUGCCUCCCGAAUCCCCACCCCAGGAGCAGUGGGCCAUUCCUGUGGAUGUCACCUCCCCUGUUGGUGAUUUCUACCGUCUCAUUCCCCAGCCAGCUUUCCAGUGGGCAUUUGAGCCAGAUGUGUUUCAGAAGCAGGCCAUUCUGCACUUGGAGCGGCAUGACUCUGUCUUUGUUGCAGCUCACACAUCAGCAGGGAAGACAGUUGUGGCAGAAUACGCUAUUGCUCUUGCCCAGAAACACAUGACUCGCACCAUUUACACUUCACCCAUCAAGGCCCUCAGCAACCAGAAGUUCCGAGACUUCCGAAACACAUUUGGGGAUGUGGGGCUGCUCACAGGCGAUGUACAAUUGCACCCAGAGGCCUCCUGCCUAAUUAUGACGACAGAAAUCCUUCGCUCCAUGCUAUACAGUGGAUCAGAUGUCAUCCGGGACCUCGAGUGGGUCAUCUUUGAUGAGGUGCACUAUAUCAAUGAUGCUGAGCGUGGGGUUGUGUGGGAAGAGGUGCUCAUCAUGCUUCCUGAUCACGUCUCCAUCAUCCUUCUGAGUGCUACUGUCCCCAACGCCCUUGAAUUUGCUGACUGGAUUGGGCGACUAAAGCGUCGCCAGAUCUAUGUAAUUAGCACAGUUGCCCGCCCUGUCCCCCUGGAACACUAUCUCUUCACGGGGAACAGCCCCAAGACCCAGGGUGAGCUCUUCCUGUUGCUGGACUCCCGAGGUGCCUUCCACACAAAGGGGUACUAUGCGGCUGUGGAGGCCAAGAAGGAGAGGAUGAGCAAACAUGCCCAGACUUUUGGGGCCAAGCAGCCCACGCAUCAGGGGGGCCCUGCACAAGAUCGUGGUGUGUAUCUGUCUCUCCUGGCAUCCCUCCGCACCCGUGCACAGCUGCCUGUGGUGGUGUUUACCUUCUCCCGGGGCCGCUGCGAUGAGCAGGCCUCCAGCCUCACUUCCCUUGACCUUACUACAAGUUCAGAGAAAAGUGAGAUUCAUCUCUUCCUGCAGCGCUGCCUCGCUCGCCUCCGAGGUUCUGAUCGACAGCUGCCUCAGGUUCUGCACAUGUCUGAGCUCCUGCACCGCGGCCUGGGCGUGCACCACAGUGGCAUCCUGCCCAUCCUCAAGGAGAUUGUGGAGAUGCUCUUCAGCCGUGGUCUGGUCAAGGUUUUGUUUGCCACGGAGACCUUUGCUAUGGGUGUAAACAUGCCAGCCCGAACAGUGGUAUUUGAUUCCAUGCGUAAGCAUGAUGGCUCUGCCUUCCGGGACCUGCUCCCUGGGGAGUACGUGCAGAUGGCAGGCCGGGCUGGGCGGAGAGGCCUGGAUCCUACAGGUACUGUCAUUCUCCUCUGCAAGGGCCGUGUGCCAGAGAUGGCAGACCUGCAUCGCAUGAUGAUGGGAAAGCCAUCCCAGCUGCAGUCCCAGUUCCGGCUCACCUAUAGCAUGAUCCUCAACUUGCUUCGGGUGGAUGCCCUCAGGGUGGAGGACAUGAUGAAGAGGAGUUUCUCUGAGUUUCCAUCCCGCAAGGACAGUAAGGUCCAUGAGCAGACUCUGACUGAUCUAACUAAGAGGUUGGGAGCCUUGGAGGAACCGGACAUGACUGGCCAGCUGGCUGACCUGGCUGAGUAUUACAGCUGGGGGGAGGAGCUGACAGAGACCCGGACCCGGAUCCAGCGACACAUCAUAGAGUCUGUGAAUGGCCUGAAAUCUCUCUCCGCGGGAAGGGUGGUGGUUGUGAAAAAUCAGGAACAUCACAAUGCACUGGGUGUGAUCCUACAGGUCUCCUCAAACUCCGCUAGUAGAGUAUUCACAACCCUGGUCUUGUGUGACAAACACACGUCACAGGAAAAGGGGCCAGCCACUUCAGAUGUGCCUUAUCCAGAUGAUCUUGUGGGAUUUAAACUACUCCUGCCUGAAGGGCCUUGUGACCACAUUGUGGCCAAGCUCCAUCCAGGAGAUGUAGCAGCAAUCACCACUAAAGUGCUCCGGGUGAAUGGGGAGAAGAUCUUGGAGGAUUUCAGCAAGAGGCAGCAACCAAAAUUCAAAAAGGAUCCUCCCUUAGCAGCUGUGACCACCGCUGUUCAGGAACUGCUACGUCUGGCUCAGGCCUACCCAGCAGGACCCCCUACCCUUGACCCUGUCAAUGACCUGCAGCUCAAGGAUGUGUCAGUGGUAGAAGGGGGGCUACGGGCCCGGAAGCUGGAAGAACUGAUCCGGGGGGCUCAGUGUGUGCAUAGCCCCCGUUUCCCUGCCCAGUACUUGAAGCUGCGGGAGCGUAUGCAGAUACAGAAGGAGGUGGAACGACUGCGCUUCCUGCUGUCAGAUCAGUCUUUGCUGCUGCUCCCUGAGUACCACCAGCGAGUAGAGGUGCUGCGAACCCUGGGCUACGUAGAUGAGGCAGGCACUGUGAAGCUGGCAGGACGGGUGGCUUGUGCCAUGAGUAGCCAUGAACUUCUCCUCACUGAGCUUAUGUUUGACAAUGCACUGAGUGCCUUGCGGCCGGAGGAGAUUGCAGCCCUGCUCUCUGGCCUGGUCUGUCAGAGUUCUGGGGACACUGGGGAUCAGCUCCCAAGUACCCUUAAGCAGGGAGUGGAACGUGUCCGGGCUGUGGCUAAGAGGAUUGGGGAAGUCCAAGUGGCUUGUGGUUUGAACCAGACAGUGGAGGAAUUUGUGGGAGAGCUGAAUUUUGGCCUGGUGGAGGUUGUGUACGAGUGGGCCCGGGGCAUGCCCUUUUCUGAGUUGGCAGGGCUCUCAGGGACUCCUGAAGGCCUGGUGGUCCGCUGCAUCCAACGCCUAGCUGAGAUGUGUCGCUCCCUGAGAGGGGCAGCCCGCCUGGUAGGUGAACCUGUACUAGGGGCCAAGAUGGAGACGGCAGCUACCUUGCUACGGAGGGACAUUGUCUUUGCUGCUAGCCUCUACACUCAGUGAACAACACAUGUAAAAAUGUAAUAAUAAAACAGCAAACCACCUGUUUGUAUUUGA